GCUCCUCACAUUUGGACCAUGCAGUCUUUGGGAAUCGGUUUGCGGCGUGUGACAACCAGUCUGAGGACCGUGCAAUCCCAUCAUGUCGCGAACAGUUCUCGAGUCCUGCUUUGGGAGGCUCGUCGAUGCAUGGCUGGAGCCAAUUGGAUAGUAUCCAAUCUCAAACCUCAGCUCCGCAAGGACAAUACCCCAAAGGAGCUUGCUGCUGCUAAGAAGGCAGUGGCAAAGCAGGGGCUCCUGAGCCCUUUUGAGUCUCUACCAGAGAUUGCGGAGGGAGCUGUGUCGCCAAAGAAAAAGAAGAAAUAUACAGAGCACAAGUAUUCGACGGCAAAUUUCAAGAUCUCACAUCGCAAGCUCAACCAACUGGGAAGACAGAUCGCUGGAAAGCCCAUCGAUGCCGCUAUCUUGCAAAUGCAGUUCAGCGAGAAGCGUGCUAGUAAGCGUAUCAAGAGCAUGUUGGCUGUUGCCAAGGAUCACGCGACAAAACUGAAAGGGCUUGAUGAGAAGAAGCUCAUCGUAGCGGAAGCCUGGGUGUCGAAGGGUCCAAAAGUUCUCAAGCGCUUGGAAACAAAAGCACGAGGCAGAUUUGGUAUCAGAGAACAUCCAGACUCAAGGAUGCAUGUUGUUCUCAAGGAGGGCAAGACGAGACUGCAGCUAGCUGAGGAGGAACGGGCUAGGAAGCUGCGGAGGAUUGUGUCGGCGGGGGUCACGAGAGAAGACGUUCCUCUCCGGAAUCCCAGCUCUUCGUGGCAGUGGUAGAGCAGAUCUGUCUCCAUUCUACCUACAUGGAUGAUUUAUCCGUUCCAUUGCUUCGCUCAACUUUUGUGGCUU